AUGUCUCUAAAACCAAGUGAAGAUUUGGUACGAAGUUUAACAUCCAAUGUAACUGUUCCUCUUAUUUUUCGAAAUUUUGUAAACAAUUGGGCUAUAUGUCAGUGGAAUCUAGAGAAAUGGAUUCAAGUUUUUGGAGAUAAAGAGUUGCCGUUUCGUUGUAUGAGGAAGGACUUUAUAUCAGACGAACCUUGUUGGGAAAGAAAAUGCAAGAUGAAGAAAAUGACUUUUAAGGCUUUUGUUGAAAACUUAGCAAAUACUUCUGAGUGGAUGUAUUUCGACUAUAAAUAUCUGCAUCAGUGGUUUGAUGGAGAUAGCGAAUUGUCUAAGGAACUAAACUGGAAGCAGUUUGGUUAUGAUAAGGGGCCUGCAGACACAACCCUUUGGGUGGGCAGUGAUGGUUCUCACACUCCAGCACAUCAAGACACAUAUGGUUACAAUAUUAUAGCACAAGUUCAUGGAAAAAAACAAUGGAUACUGUUUCCUCCUGAAUCUGGAGGAUUGAAGCCAACUAGAGUUCCAUAUGAAGAAUCAAGUGUAUAUAGUGAAUUAAAUUUUUAUUGUCCCCAUAAUUUGGAGCCAUUUAAUGGUUUGACUGGUGGCCGUACUGUUGUACUUUCGGCUGGUGAUGCUCUUUUAGUUCCAAGAGGCUGGUGGCAUUAUGUUCAAAAUAUUGACCCUGUUAACAUUACCCUAAAUAUGUGGCUUCCCCAUGAAAGAGAUCCAUCAGCACAUGUAUCAGAGGCUCUUAUAAAAAUAUUUAUUGCCCAGAUGUGUAAAGAUUUGCCUCUUGAGACUGCUAAAAUGCUUGUCAAUCCAAAUGAGGAUGACAUAGUAGACACACCACUCGCAGUGCUGUUUCUUCAACUAGAAACUGUAGCGAACACAUAUAUGGAUAAAAGGAGACGGGUUAGACGCGUAAAACGGCAGAAAACACGUGAGAGUGACACAGAUUUACCAGAAACAGAGGAAUUUGAUCUCAAAGCGCUGGUCGAAAACCCGGAAAAUAAAUUGGAAAUCGCCUCAACCAUCUCCAAUACUGAGCUGAUUAACAUGUUGAAGGGGAAUCUCAAAAAGUAUGCGAAUACAGAGAGAGUGUUGGAUGAUGACGAAAUAGACGGUGCUACAAGUAGCCUUUGUUUGACAAAGGCAGUGAUUGAUGCCUUCAGUCAAAAUAAUGUUAUUGAUCUUGUUAAACACAAUCUUUUGGCUUCCCUUAGCUAG